CAAAAUUUGAUUCAUACAACUAAAGGCGACUAGGUGUGCCAAGCCUGAUUUAACGACGGCCCACCGUAUUCCUUAGCCGAGUACGUCCAGGCCCACUUCUAUCUCUCUCUCUCUCUCGCUUGUUUGCUCUCGCGUUAGGGUUUCAAGUCGAUAACAGAUUACGCAGCUGUGGAUAUAUGGGUUUGACACGAUUUGGACGCCCCAUAGAUGGAAAAUCAAGUCCUAACCUCUAUGUGGCCAACUGUGGACCAGCUGUUGGACUUUCUUUUAACACUAUUGCAACAGUGUUCAGCACCUUUGGAGAAGUGAUUGGAGUGUAUGCAGCUGAUGAAAGUGGCACUCGUGUUAUUGUUUCUUAUGUUGAAGAGAGUUCUGCUCAAGCAGCCUUAAAGGCUUUAAACAAGCGUCCCUGCCCUGAUCUGGCAGGCCGUUUCUUGCACAUACAAUAUUCAAUAGUUCAGCCUCCUAAACAGGUACUCAUGAAUGACUCAAUUCCAGUAUCUUUGGCAGCUAAAGAUUUGAAUAUUCCUGGCCUUUAUUUGUGGCCUGAGUUCAUCACUUCUGCAGAAGAGGAGGAAUUGCUUGCAUCAGUUGAUGACAUGCCUUGGAAAACUCUUGCAAAAAGAAGGGUUCAGCAUUAUGGAUAUGAGUUCAUAUAUGAAACAAGGAAUGUUAAUACAAGCCAACACAUGGGUGAAUUGCCAUCUUUUGUAUCUCAUAUAUUUGAAAGAAUCAUGAAGAUUUCAGAUUUUGAUGAUGCUGCAAAUAUAGUACUAGACCAACUUACGGUUAAUGAAUACCCCUCUGGAGUGGGCUUGUCCCCACAUAUUGACACCCAUUCAGCAUUUGAUGGAUUAAUUUUCAGCCUUUCCUUAGCAGGACCUUGCAUCAUGGAGUUUAGGAGGUAUACAGACGGUGCUUGGCUUCAAAAACCUGAUUUGGAUGCAGACAGCAAGGAAGAAAAUUCUGAUUGCGGCUCAAAUUUUGUGAGGAGGGCUAUUUAUCUGCCCCCUCGUUCAAUGCUAUUGUUAUCUGGGGAGGCACGAUAUGCUUGGCAUCAUUACAUUCCGCACCACAAGGUUGACCUGGUGAAGGAUAAUGUGAUCAAGAGGGGAUCAAGGAGGGUGUCCUUCACGCUGCGGAAGGUAAGACAAGGGCCAUGCAAAUGUGAAUUUCCUCAAUACUGUGAUUCUCAGAGUUAGAAGUUAGGUAGUAUGCUCGUCGCUCUGAGAUGAACUCUGGUCUGGAAAUGCAAAACUGUGUCGAAUGAGAAAUCGGAUUCCCAUGGUGAGAUGGAAACCGAGCAACAAGCCGAUGAAGACCUGGGAAAGAAAAUAUGAUCUUGAUCUUGACUGCAAACUGCCAUCUGCUUUGUUAGGGGACUGAUUUUCACUUCUUCAGAUGUAAGAACAAACACUGAAUGUGGGUGGAAAAUGCCUCUGUAGUGUUUACAUGAGAAGAACUUCCUUAUGCUUUAUCAUAGAAUUAAAGUGCUAAUCUUAAAUAGCAGAAUAAAAUUAAUCAAAGUAGGCACCAAGAACACAAAUU